AAGUAGUUGGGUGUGACAGUUUGUUUUUCUGCUUUUCAAACCGCAGAUUUCUCUCCAUCAUAAUUUUCCGAGGUAGAAAUCUUAAUUUUUGAUUCUUCAUGGAGCAGGAGGCAGGAGGAAAGCAGGCCGCUGAAAACAUCAUGGCGGACAUCGUGGUGGAGGAUCUGGAGUCGUUCGUGAACGUUGAACUGGAGGAGAAGAACCGGUCUCCCGAACACAACACGUCCGUUAUCAGUAAAGCUUUGUUUCAGAAUGAGGAGGAAGAUGAAGGCGACAGUGAUGAUGAAGAUGAUGAUGAUGAGGACAGUGGCACCGACCACUUUAAUUGCGCGAGGGCCGGGACUCAGCUGCAGAGGUGUGAGCGGCGAUCAGGGGUGAACUCUAGCGUUCCUGACACCUUUCAGACGAGUCACCUGCUGUUCUAUGAGAGGUUCAAGGCCUACCAGGACUACAUGCUGGGAGACUGUAAGCCCUCUGAAGUGAAGGCAUUCACUGCAGAUUACCUGGAGAAGGUGUUGGAGCCAUGUGAUUGGCUGGCUCUGUGGUGCACGGAUGUCUUUGAUGUUCUGGUGGAGGUGCGGGACUUGGACCUGAAGGACUUGAAGGCAUGUGUUCGGCUCACCCUUCCUCUGCAGUGUGACACACGUGGCUGUGAGCUCUCCGAGGACGCCAUGAUGGCUCUGCUGGAGGCCACGCAGCACAGAGUCCCUCUGCAGGAGCUGCACGUGGUCUACGACUCCUCUGGGGACUUUGACCAGACGGCCCUGGCUCUGGAGCACCUCAGGUUCUUCUACAAACACAUCUGGAGGCAGUGGGAUGAGGAGGAUGAAGACGAUGACUUUGACUACUUUGUGCGCUGCGUGGAGCCUCGCCUGCGCCUGUACUAUGAUAUCCUGGAGGACCGGGUCCCUGCAGGUCUGGUGUCAGAGUACCAGUCCUUGCUAGAGUCCUGCUCCCAGGUCUUCCAGCAGUUCAGCUCUCUACGCAGCGAGCUGGGAUCAGACUCAGACUCUGAGCUCGAUAACAUGUCCAUGAUGGAGGGACUGAGGCUGUACGAUCAGCUAGAGACGCUGCGCCGCAAGCUGCACAUCAUCGAGAACCCCCUGCUCAGGUACGUGCUGGGUUACAGAGGAAACAGCAGGCAGCAGUGCUUUCAGAGUCGCGGUCUGAGGGAUUCAGGUGUGAAGGUGGUCCACGUGGUCACGGCGUCGUGCAGCGGCCUCCAGCUUCAGUCUCUCCUCAACGACAAACUGCUGCCUCUGAGCGCAUCUGAGGACACGCAGAUUCAGUUCCACAGAGAUCCAGCAUCAGCGGUGGACUCCAGUCACGAGGGCGAUGUGGUCCUGGUCCUGCCAGGGGUCUACAGUGUGAGCAGCACCAUCUUCAUCCCUGACUCCAUCUCUAUAGAAGGGUACGGACCUCCUGAUGAGGUGGUGAUAGAGAAGAAGAACAAAGGAGACUCGUUUGUGGACUCAACGGGAGCAGAAGUCAAACUGUCCAACAUCAAGUUCAUCCAGCACGACGCCAUCGAGGGCAUCCUGUGUGUUCGUCAGGGCACCCUGAACAUGGAGAACUGCGUGCUGCAGUGUGAAACCACCGGAGUCAUCGUCAGAACGUCGGCCUGUCUGAGCAUGAACCACUGUGACCUUUACGGAUCCAAGGGGGCCGGCGUGGAGAUUUAUCCAGGGAGUGUUGUCAGUCUGAUCGGUAACGGCAUCCAUCACUGCAAGGACGGGAUCCUCAUCAAGGACUUUGCCGAUGAGUUAGACGUGAUGCCGUCCAUCACCAUGGAGAACAACGUGAUCCACAACAAUGAAGGAUACGGAGUGAUUUUAGUGAAACCAAAUGAUGGAGAAGCAGGAGACUCUGCUGGACCCCACUCUGACCCCCCCUCGGCAACGACCCCCACCCUGACAGUCAGUGGCCCCGCCCAACAGGAGUCUGCAGAAAACAACAACAGUACAGAGGGCGGGGCCUCCACCUCAGGCAGAAAGUGGACCUUCAGCCGUCAGCUGAGCAGAACCAAGGAGACUUCCUGUGUGAGCCGAGCAGUCCAGGACCUGAAGGAGCACCAGGUGUUUGUGUCGGUCCAGGGGAACCAGUUCAGACGGAAUGGACUGGGGGACUACGGCACCUUCUUUUACUGAGACAAACACGGACCAGGACCUGAAACUGGGGUCAAUCAGGACUAACACACAGAGACUGAGGCCUUAAACUGGGUCUAUCACGACUAACACACAGAGACUGAGGCCUUAAACCGGGUCUAUCAGGACUAACACACAGAGACUGAGGCCUUAAACCGGGUCUAUCAGGACUAACACACAGAGACUGAGGCCUUAAACCGGGUCUAUCAGGACUAACAGCUCUAGAUUUUUUCAUUUCUUUCCCUCUGGUCUGACAUGAGGUUUUUGUUUCUGGUUCUGACUCCUGAGUCUGUCCUUAGAGAUGCUGAUGAAACAGGAAGUAGGACAUGAUGAGCCAGGAGGGACGCUGGUCUUAAACUCCAGCGGUCGUUGACUUAGACAAAGCUGAAGAUGUCAGACAGGCAUUAUUAGGGAUGUGCAUUCAAAUGAAAAUACUUUUCCAAAGCUGCUUUCAACCAUUCAAAGAGAUGGACCACUACAUCUGUUAGCUUGAUGCUAACACAUUAUGGAGUUUGUCAUUAACUGGCUAACAGAUUUAGCUUUUGCACUAAUGUUAACAUAAGGAGCAAAAUCAUGAAGGCCAGCCCCGCCCUGUAUGUUCUUAGGUAGCGCAUUGGCAAAGGUGUAAGUGAAACCGAUUGUUCCACUCCGGGGUCAGGUCGGGGUGGCUGCGGCUAAACGAGUCCGCCUGGACAUCAGUCUCCGUAGCGUUGUUUUCCAGCUCCUCCUGGGGGAUCCUGCGGUGAUCCAAGGACAGAUGGGAUAGAAAAUCUCUCAGAGGGAUCACUGAUAUAGAAAUGUUUAGUCAAAUAGAUGGCGAAAAUAGCUAUGCUAAAUCUCUUAGCCUUCUAAUGGUGAUUUCCAUUAUGUGUUAGCAUCAAGCUAACAGAGUCAGAUGUCCAUCCUGAAUGAUCCCUGGUGACUUUAAAAGAGUCAUUCUGGUUGACAUGCCCAUCCCUAGCUAACAGAUAAUGUUUUUAUGGUAUUUAUUCUUCGUGCUGCAGACGCUGAAAUGUUUUAUUGUUUUAUUGUGAUGUAAAAACUCACGGGGCACUUUAGGAUCACGUGGUGAUUGGAGGUCGUUGGCUGCACUGGUUGAAUUCACACAUCUGUUCGUAUAAAGUUUCCUCCUCAGAUGUGGGCUGGUUUGGUUAGGAUUCACACAUGAACUUUGUUUUCUCCAGUUAAAGACGUUUUGGGUGUUUGCUGAAGAGUUUUUCUUGUUGGGAGUUUUCAAGUCUGAAAGGGUUGUUCAUUAUUGUUUUAAUUUUUCACUGUGUGAAGAUGCAAGUCUUUGAUUUAGUGCUUGAAUGAAUUUCCUGCAGAUUAAAGUGUCUGUAUAAACUUUC